CCGAAGGGGACGCUCCAGAAGAGAGACCCAACGGGAGCGCAGCGGCCGUCCCACCCUCGAGAUUCUUCUCGACUGCCGCUACAGUCAUCACGGCUGCCCGUCCGGAUGAAUCCAUGAGAAGACAAACAGGAGAAGAGCGAAGUAAUUCCGGCAGCGAAGAAGAGCUAAGCUCGCUGCCUAGUGGAGAAAAAGGGGGAGAGAGAGAUCGGGACUUUUCUUCUUCUUCUUCUUCUUUUUCGAUCAAGAGGGAGUUUAGAAUGGAUGGGGAGAGAGGGAGGGGCGGAGAUCUGGCAGUGGGGGAGGGCGGGUGGUGGUCUGACGAGAUGAGCGGCCAGGAGUGUAGGCAGAUGGAGACGGAGCUCGUGCGGCGGCACCACCGCCAUGAGCCCAGGGAGAAUCAAUGCAGCUCCACUCUCGUCAAGCACAUCAAGGCCCCCGUCCAUCUCGUGUGGUCACUGGUGAGGAGCUUUGACCAGCCGCAGAAAUACAAGCCCUUUGUGAGCCGAUGUGUGGUUCAGGGCGAUCUGGAGAUUGGAAGUGUUCGAGAAGUGAAUGUCAAGUCAGGGCUGCCGGCCACCACCAGCACAGAGCGUUUGGAACUCCUUGAUGACAAUGAACACAUCCUUGGCAUGAAGAUCGUUGGAGGAGAUCACAGACUUAGGAAUUACUCUUCUGUUAUAACUGUGCACCCUGAGAUAAUUGAUGGGAGACCAGGGACUCUGGUAAUCGAGUCCUUCCUGGUGGAUGUGCCUGAUGGAAACACCAAGGACGAGACAUGCUACUUUGUAGAGGCCCUGAUCAAGUGCAACCUCAAAUCAUUGGCCGAUGUGUCUGAGAGAUUGGCAGCGCAGAAUGACACACAAGCAAUUGACUAGUUCUGAGACGUCGGGAGGUAGGUGGACAAAUGUAGAUAGUUGCAGGCACGGAAGCUUUGAGCUGAUCCAAUACUUUCUGAACUUUCUUAAAAUUGGACGGUGGUGGGAUUCCUUAGUGCUUUAGCGGCUGAGGUACCGCUACUUUCUGGACCUCUUUAUCUCCAUUAUCUGCCUUCAUCGAAGGAUUGCAGUAGAUGGUCUCCCUCUCUCUGUCUUUUCUGUGUCAGGCUGUGAUGCUGCGUGUUUAUAAUGUAGCUGAAUUGGUCACUACGUGUAUAUCAAAGCAGCUUAAUUAUGUUUCAGGAAAAGUGGGGAAGGAGGACUUCUCUUGUGCACUAUGGAGGCAUGUGGAUGAAUGUUGUGGACUAUAUUCUAUUCUAUUCUAUAAAUUGAAUAAAACUUCAGCACCUUUCUUUUUCUUU